AUGUGUGACCCAAACUCCACCUCUGAAAAUGAUGCGCAGCGUGAAUGUGUGGUGACAGAUUACACCCGGGGUUACACAUGCGCACAGUACUCGGCUGGACGCUGGCGGUUAUACACUGCACCUGGGGUAACUAAGGUUACCAAGGACAACAUGCCGCGUUUGUAUAGUGACGCGUGCGCUGUCACCACGCAUGUACGCUGCACGUCAUUUUCGGAGUUGGAGUUUGGGUCACACAUGUGCACAGCUCUCGGCUGGAUGCCGCCGGUUAUCCACUGCUCCUCGG